AUGGAAAAAAACAAAACAGUUUCAACUGAUAUUCUGGAGGUCCAAGGUUUUGACAUUUCUCCAGAGUCAACGUAUCCUCUCUUUUUCUUACUGCUCUUUGUUUACUUCACCCUGCUUUUUUCUAACAUUGGAGUCCUUGUGCUUAUCAUCUCUCAGAAGAGUUUGCACCAGCCAAUGUACUUUCUGUUUUGUAACCUGUCUGUCAAUGAUCUCAUAGGUAACACAGUCCUGCUGCCUCAGCUGAUGGCUCACAUCUUGGCAACUGAACGGUUUAUCACCUACAAACAGUGUGUGGUUCAGGCUUUUCAAAGUCACACAUUUGGAUCAGCUUCACAUAUGAUCCUAUUAAUAGGUCUUACUGUGAGGCUGUCCCGCUGCAGAUCCACUAUACAAAAUGCUUAUUGUGACAACGCAUCACUAUUCAAGCUUUCUUGUGAGGACGUGUCCAUAAACAACAUCUAUGGACUCUUUUUCACUGUGCUGCUGUUUACUAGUUCAAUUGCAAGCAUAGCUGCCACCUAUUUUAGAAUUGCUCUCAUUUGCUGGAUUAAGAAAAACAAAGACUUGAAUAACAGAGCACUGCAAACAUGUGCAAGCCACCUUGUUCUUUAUCUGAUCAUGCUCUGGUCAGGAUUUUUAACAAUUAUAUUGCAUCGUUUCCCAAAUUACCCAGACUUAAGGAAAAUUGCAUAUGUUUUAUUUCAUGUUGUCCCUGCUAAUUUGAAUCCAAUAAUUUAUGGAAUGCAAACGAGAUCAUUAAGACAUAAAAUUACUGAAAUACUGAAAAGAAAAGUGACUCCAUCCUAA